UACAAGCUUAUAUAAAGACAUUGGGAGGGCUGUUAAUGUCUUAUAUAAAGCUGUGAACGGGGAGACAUAAAACACUUCAACUUACAUUUUGACAAGAAGACUUCUGUCAGCAUGGGUUCUCUCAUCCGUGUGGUAGUGUGUGUCCUGGCGCUGGUGACUGUGUGCCGGGCUCAGUGCUUCUUCCAGGGGCUGGAGACCAAAGAUUCCAAGACUCCAACAAAGGGAUCCCAAAGGUGGUGGAUCUCCCAGCAGAGUGUGAGCUGGUGGUGGACAGAAAAGCCUGCUCAUACAGACUGGUGAUGAAGUCAGACAAGACCAAGGACUGUAACAGCCCCAUCAGUAUGGUCUUAUAAAAUUGUCUACAUGGUUGCAUGUACACACCAACAUGUAUAGAAGGAACUUACAUCAAAUAAAACAAGGCAACAGUGAA